UGUUGUCCGUACCGACCGACGCGACGGUCCGUCCGUAGCCGCGCUCGCGAUGCGUCCACCGCGGUGUGUUUCUGCACAUGGCCGUAGUGGCCGUACCGCUCGGCGGAUCUUCACGUUGCUCCGCGGCUUUCGGCAACCCGCCACUGGUAAACGAUUGUAUUUACCAUUUUUAAGAGAAUUAUAUCAUACUUUGCAUCCACCAUGACUACAUCCUCAGAAGAUGUCCUGAUGCAAGUGAGUCAAGUGCGUUACAAAAAAGGAGAUGGUACUUUAUAUGUGAUGAACGAACGAAUAGCAUGGAUGCUUGAUAACAGGGAUACCGUAUCUGUGAGCCACAAAUAUGCCGAUAUUAAAUUGCAAAAAAUAUCACCAGAGGGAAAAUCAAAAAUACAGCUGCAAGUGGUAUUACACGAUGGUACGUCGUCUACAUUUCAUUUUGUAAAUAAAAAUGGACAAGAAGCGCAAAUUAAAGAUCGUGAUGAUGUGAAGGAAUUAUUGCAACAGCUAUUACCAAAAUUUAAACGGAAAGUUAAUAAAGAGCUAGAAGAAAAAAAUAGAACUCUUCAAGAACACCCUAUGUUACUUCAAUUAUAUCGUGAUCUUGUAAUCACGCAAGUUAUUUCAUCUGAAGAAUUUUGGUCACAACAUGCUGCAGAGUAUACACAAGCCAAAAAGAUUCAACGUCAAGAGAUAGGUGUUAAUAGCGCUUUUUUGGCGGAUAUUAAACCACAAACUGAUGGUUGCAAUGGAUUAAAAUACAAUUUAACUGUCGAUGUGAUAGAAUGUAUAUUUAAGACUUACCCAGCUGUUAAAAGGAAACAUCAAGAAAAUGUGCCUCAUAAAAUGUCAGAGUCUGAUUUCUGGACGAAAUUCUUUCAAUCACAUUAUUUUCACAGAGACCGUAUCAAUGCUGGGACCAAGGAUCUUUUUACCGAAUGUGCCAAAAUAGACGAUCAAGAACUUAAGAAAGAUCUUCAAACCGGGAUAAAUGAUCCUUUGGUAGAUAUUACUUCCUUUGAGGAUCAAACACUGGAUGAAAAUUAUGGAAGCGGAUGUAGUAAAUCAGAUAAAACAUCGGGAAAUAUUGUACAUCAAAAUAUGAUCAAGAGAUUUAAUCAACAUAGCAUAAUGGUUAUGAAAGCUAGCACUGCCAAACAGUCGAUGCAAAACAAUCAACCACAAUUAAAUGGAUCUGCACCAUCUGCAAGUAAAGUAGCAACGAACGAACUGGACGAUGGACCAAAGACUAAAAAACAUAGAAUACAAGAAAAGAUAACUUAUGAUGAUCUUGACCAGAGCUGUGACGUAAAUACAAAUAAUGGAGCACCGUUAAAUUUGACGCAUAUAGAUAGAUAUUUGCAUGGACCUGUACCAGGAUACGGAAAUACAGAACCAACUUCGGAAGAAUUGUUCGUUACAUUAAAUCACUUAAAGAAAGAAGCUUCUGGAUGGAUAGCCGGUAGUAUGUUACCGCGGCAAACGGCGACUUCUUUAGUUAGUCCGGCUGCAGCAGUGUCAGCUUUAGGUGAAUUAACCCCCGGCGGAUCCUUAAUGAAAGGUUUCCGAGAAGAAAGUCUUGGACAGUUAAUACCGAAGGAUUUAGAGAAGGAAUUACGUAACGUAUAUGUGUGCGCAUGUGAGCUAUUGAGGCAUUUUUGGCGAAGUUUUCCUCCGACAACACCACAGCUUGAAGAAAAAGCUAUCAGAAUGCAUGAAGCUUUACACAGAUUUCAUUCUGCUAAAUUAAAACCCUUUGAGGAUCGUGUGCAAAGAGAAUUCUCUGCGGUUAGUCAGCACUUGACGAGUCAUCUCAAUCAAUUGUUAACCACCGCGUAUAGGAAGUUUGCGGUAUGGCAACAGCGAAAAAUGCAAAUGAGGUAGCCCUUCGUUAAAAUCCCAUAAAACAGUAACGUAAAUAAAACAGCAAUAUUGGUCA